AGAGGCGCUUCAUUGGGGAAACAGGCCUGGCCCUGCCACCCUUCCUAGGCCUCGGCUUAGGGCGCAACGCUGGCUUGGGAGGCCCUUCCGUGGACGCUAUCUCCCCAACCAGUUUCCAGUGACCGGGGCUGCAGAUGUCUUGUCCGAUAACUAUGUGAAGCAACAUUGUUUCUGGAUUUCAAGACAUCCUUUCAUCAUGGGACAGCAAUUUUCAGAUCAGACACAGUUGGUUCUUAACAAGUUACCAGAAAAAGUAGCAAAACAUGUCAUAUUGGUUCGAGAAAGUGGCUCCUUAACUUAUGAAGAAUUUCUUGGGAGAGUAGCAGAACUUAAUGAUAUAACUGCUAAAGUGGCUUCUGGCCAGGAAAAACAUCUUCUCUUUGAGGUACAACCUGGGUCUGAUUCCUCUGCCUUUUGGAAAGUCGUUGUACGGGUGGUCUGUACGAAGAUCAACAAAAGCACUGGCAUUGUAGAAGCAUCACGGAUCAUGAAUUUGUACCAGUUUAUUCAGCUUUAUAAAGACAUCACAAGUCAAGCAUCAGGAGUAUUGGCCCAGAGCUCCACUUCUGAAGACCAAGAUGAAAACUCAUCAUCUGUAACAUCUUGUCAGGCUAGUCUUUGGAUGGGAAGGGUGAAGCAGCUGACUGAUGAGGAGGAGUGUUGUAUCUGCAUGGAUGGUCGAGCUGACCUCAUCCUGCCUUGUGCUCACAGCUUUUGUCAGAAAUGCAUUGAUAAAUGGAGUGAUCGACACAGGAAUUGCCCUAUUUGUCGCCUGCAGAUGACUGGAGCAAAUGAAUCUUGGGUGGUAUCAGACGCGCCCACCGAAGACGAUAUGGCUAACUAUAUUCUUAACAUGGCCGAUGAGGCAGGCCAGCCCCAUAGGCCAUGACCUUGGGGUGAAGGUCUUCUUUUGCUAUUAUGAGCUACAAACGUUUUGGUCAUGGGAGAAGAAUGCAGGGAUAUUGUGGUACAGACACAGAGAAAUCAAUUUUCCCUUCCCUCGUAUUUUCGCUAUUCUGACGAUUUGUUCCAUUUCUUUUGAUAAACUUUCCGUGUCUUCCAUUUAUAGUAAACUAAAAUUUGCUACUGUUUUAGACCAUAUUUUUCUAUUAUUUAUCUGUUCUAAUAUAUAUUAGAACUAAUUGCUCUUGAAUUCUUUGCUGAGGUAACAGCAACAUUUCCAGAGGCUUCUAAAACACUAUUUUUCAGGGCAGGAGUAUUCUGGAAUCUAUUUAGUUAGGUUUAAAAUAAACCUUGAAUGUCAAAAAGUUGUAGCCAUCUGAGAGAAAAUUUGAAGUGACUGAAAAUGUAGACUACAUCAAAGUGCAUGUUACUACUUAAAUUAGUCUUUCUGCUGGAAUCUAAGGAGUGUGUAUGCCCCCUUGUGGUUAAUUAUUGCUCCUUUAAUAAUUUUUACUUGAAAUGAUCCACAGUUGUUUCAUAACUUUAGCAGUGUGUUUGGAACUACAUGUUUGUUACUCAAAUCUUUUUUGUUUGUUUGUUUUCAUGCUGUAUAAUUUGGAUGAGGCGUGAUUUUGCCUUAUAAAUGGAUUUCUGCUGAGGAAUCUUCUUGGCUAUUCUGGAAAUGCUUUCCCACAGCGGGGAAACUGCUCUAAGUAGCUUUUGGAUAAUGCUCAUGCACUUUGGAGUUUCAGAAGGAAAUUUUUCUUCAAUUCAGAUCCUGAAUUUUGUAUUUCCAAAUUAUGAUAAAUCAUUCAAUAUUGGUUCAUGGUGCUUUUAUUUUCUUAACUUUGAAGGCAUCUUUCUGAGGUCUCCAAGUCUUCAAAUUUCUAAUAUUAUUAAGAGAGAAAAUAGGGUGUAGGCUUUUAAACAUAUGUACCAUAAACAUGGAGAAAAUUAGGAGAUAAAUUGGCUUUCUGCUGUUUCAUGGUACUUUGAAAUACUCAGAGAGAGUAUAGUCAUAAUGGAAUUAUGAUUUUCAGUGACACUUCAUUUUUUUUACUAAAUUCUGCUUAUAAGGUAAAAUUUUUGUUUUAUAUUAAGCAUUAACAUUUUAGCAUAUAAUGAAACUAGAACCUGAUGUCUCCUUUAAAAGGUGUGUUAAAUUCCAGUAACUUUUCUGACUUAUUAUUGGUUAAGUUGUGAUACUAUUUUCCAAAAUACCAAAGUAUGCGAUUUAAGUUGCUGCUUAUUGAUGGCAGAAUUUUUGGAUACUAGGGGUUUAAUAGGCAUGCAAAUUAAAUAAUUCAUUUAUUUAAUGUCAGAAUGUCUGACCAAAGGUAGCUUGAUUUUACCCAAAAAAUAUUGAUAACUAAUUGGUUGACAUUUAUGAUGGGGACAGCUCGGUCAAAUAGCCGAACACUCACUAUGGAUGUUUAUACAGGCAGCGUACCAGGGGCUCUAGCAUACCAACCUGGCAAUGCACUUGAUGGUUUGUGUGACCUUAAAAAAGUCCCUUCUGCUGGUUUGUAGGUUCCUUUAGAAACUGAGAUUUCAUCCGUAGUAUUUUCUUAUUUUAUUUCAGAAGUACAGCCUCUUUUUUUUUUUUCAGAUAAAAUCUUACUCAGAAGCCCUACACACACAUGCUGUACCCCGAACACACACACACACACACCCCACCCCUCUAUAUGAAAGUCUUAUUUUAUUGAUAAAAAUUUCCUUAUGUAAACUUUAUAUACCAUAAUAAAUAUUAUAAAGUCAACCAAUAAAAACAUUUAUU